UAAAGGCACCAGCAAUUCUACGGAAGCCGCUUCGGUGUUUACUGAUGACGUUGGUACUGAAGCUGUUGAGAGAUAUGGCUAGCCGAAAAGAUGUAUAGGGUUAAAAGAACAUUGAAUUCAAGAAGUCAUUAAAGGAUACAAGCGAGAGGAAGGAUAGGAGCAACAUGUUGGAGUCCUAUGUCACCCCGCUCCUCAUGAGCUAUGUGAACAAGUAUAUCAAGAAUCUGAAACCAACUGACCUGCAGCUGUCGCUCUGGGGAGGAGAUGUCGUGCUCAGCAAGUUGGACCUGAAACUUGAUGUACUUGAACAGGAAUUGAAGCUUCCCUUUACAUUCAUGAGUGGCCAUAUCCAUGAGCUGCGUAUCCAUGUACCGUGGACCAAGCUGGGUUCAGAGCCUGUAGUCAUCACCAUCAACACCAUGGAAUGCAUCCUCAAGCUGAGGGAUGGAGCUCAGGAUGACCAUGAGAGCGGGUCUAGCUCCACCAGUCGUAGUGUCUCAGACAGCUCGAAGGCCGUAGCCAAGCCUCGCCGCCUCCAGCAGGCUUCCCCCAGUGACCCGGACCUGCCCCCAGGUUAUGUGCAGAGUCUGAUCAGGCGCGUGGUAAACAACGUGAAUAUUGUGGUAAACAACCUCAUCCUUAAGUAUGUGGAGGACGACAUCGUGCUUUCAGUCAACAUUACCUCAGCGGAGUGCUACACGGUGGAUGAUAUGUGGGCGAGGGCAUUCAUGGACAUCAGCGCUCCCGAGCUGGUCCUGAGGAAAGUGAUCAACUUUGCCGACUGUACCGUGUGCUUGGACAAGCGGAACGCUAGUGGCAAGAUCGAGUUUUACCAGGACCCACUGUUGUACAAAUGCUCCUUCAGAACACGCCUCCAUUUCACCUACGAUAACAUGAAUGCCAAAAUUCCAUCGGUCAUCAAGAUCCAAACCAUGGUUGAGAGUCUGAAGUUGUCCAUCACUGAUCAACAGCUGCCCAUGUUUAUUCGCAUUCUACAACUGGUUAUUGCCCUUUACUACGGAGAAAUCGGAGGACACAAAGACGGGGACGGAGAGGAGGGCAACAGUCACGUCAGAGAGGCUGGAACAAACUUACCUGGCUUGGAUGUGGAUAUGGAAACCGAUGGGACUAGCCAGUAUUCGAGCACAGACCUCUACAUGCAGCCUGUGAGUCCUGAAGAGGCCGAUGAGGGCUGGAUGUCCUGGGCUUGGUCCUUCGUCCCAGCCAUUGUGGGCACAGAUGAGAGUGGAGAGGAUGAGCUUUAUCAGCAUAGAGAGACAGGAGGCAGCCCCAACAGCACACAGCAACACACACCAAAGGACCCAAUUGUUUCCAUAGGCUUCUACUGUACCAAAGCUUCUAUUACUUUCAAGUUGACAGAGACACAGUCUGAGAGCAGUUACUACAGUCCUCAGAAGGUCAAGUCUAGAGAGGUUCUAUGCCUGGAGCAGCAGGGAAUCACUAUAGAGGUGCUUAUGAUGGGUGAGCCCUUCUUCAAUUGCCAGAUUGGUUUUGUAGGCUGCCGAGCACUGUGCCUUAAAGGCAUAAUGGGAGUGCGAGAUUUUGAAGAAAACAUGAACCGCAGUGAGAAGGAUGCAGUGUUCUUCAUCUGUGGGGACACCCUCAACAGCAAAGGAAUGACAUAUCUGACCAAUUCUCUCUUUGACUACCGCAGUCCAGAGAACAACGGAGUGAGGGCAGAGUUCAUCCUCGACGCCACUAAUCACAAGGAGACCUACACAGAGAUAGCUGGCAUGCAGCGCUUUGGUGCUUUUUACAUGGAUUAUCUCUACACAAUGGAGAACAGAAGUGGCCAAGAACUUGAGGACCUGAGUACAGAGGAGGUUGUGCCCACUGUUCAAGAGACGUCCAUUAAGAAGCUGGUGGUGGGACCCCUGGACAUCAGGCUGCACAGCAGUGCUGUCCAUCGCAUCUUCAAGAUGGUCACUUGUGCAAUGGACCAUGAAUAUGAACCGUAUUGCAAAGCUCAGCAAGAAACUUUGGAGGAAAUCCAUAGUCCAGCUGCCCCAGAAGUUAUAGCAAGCUUUGAAGAAUUCAUCCCCACCAGGCUCACGUGUCUCACUCUACUUCAAGUCUCCGUCACUCUCUCAAUGGCAGAAUUCAACCUCCUUCACACAUUAAUGCCUGUUAUCAUGGGAUAUAAGGCUGCUCCAGGACCGGUUAACGUGCAGGUGUUUCAACCAAUUCGCCCUCUACCUGCUGUGCAGUUCCAGGUCGAGAGGGUGAAUGUUGAGCACUCUGUUCCAAUGUAUGCUCCCGAGCUGGUCAGUACCAUCAGUGGUCUUAGCCAACCCUCUGACAACCUGCUGCAUCACUGCUACGCGCACCUCUACCUCAAGGUGUUUGGGUUUCAAGCAGGCUUGACAUGUCAUGACACCACAGGGAAUUUCCUGCAUCUCAUCCCUAUUAUUCCAUCCUUCAGCACUGCACUCUAUGGGAAGCUGAUACAGAUGCCUUCGUACUGGAGCAAAAGGUCUUCAGUCCCCACCACAGAGUUUAUUUUUGAGCUUCCACACUUCACUGCACAGGCCACGAGGGCCCAGACACUUUUGCUCCAAGUGAUUUUUCAGAGCUGGACCCACAGCAUGAUCAACGGCGCCCCGGUGUCACUCAGCGAAAGUCUGCUCAAUGAGGUGUACAAAACUCGAGGUGUGAAAUCUCUGGGUCCGUCCCCGACUCUUGAGGGCUCAGUCCAAAACCUUGAGCUGAAGUUCUGCAGCCGUGCGACGGUGAAAUGUGCCUCGGGAACCGUGGGAGCUGUAAAAGUGUGCGCCAGGACUCCAGGUACAGGAGAGGGAAUGAAGGAGAAGCUGGUUCCUCUUAUCCAGGGCCCAUCAGACACCAAAGAGCUCCACAUAAGUCGCUGGCUUAGUGAGAUCCGCAAGCCUGAAUCCUUGCUGGCUCCCGACCUUCUGGCAUUUUCUGUUCUGGUCCCUCAGCAAGGCGACGACUGCAGAAACUCAGGUGCAGUCCUGCUGGUGAGCAUCCAGGGCAUAGCUGUCAACGUGGACCCAGUCUUUUGCACAUGGCUGUUGUACCAACCUCACAGAGGGAGCAGCCGGCAGCAGCAACAGAAUGCUGCUUCGGUCCCUCUGUCUAAGAGGAGGGAGGACGAGCUUUCAGUGGGGAGCACGCCGCUGGCUAAGCAGACCUCCAACCAGGCGUCGGACUAUGCCAGCAGCCCGCUCAAAACCAAAACAGUCACAGAAUCACGUCCGCUGUCCAUCCCCAUGAAGGUGAUGCCAGACACCACACAGGCAGAGUUGUGGACGGCCUCAGAUGAAAGGAUGAAGGAGCUCAUUGCCCAAACCUGGGAUGCUGUAAAGCGCCUUACACUACAGUUGGAGGUGCAGUCGUGUUGUGUGUUCCUGCCCAACGACAGCCUCCCCUCCCCGAGCACUAUCAUUUGUGGCGACAUCCCUGGCACCGUGCGCAGCUGGUACCACAACCAGGCGGCCAUGCCCGGGACGCUGGUGGUCUGCCUGCCCCAGGUCAGCGUGCUCAGCGCCGGCCACAGGUACAUGGAGCCGCUGCAGGAGCUCCCCUUCGUGGUGUCCAGGCCCAUCGUGGAGGAAGGUGAUGCCUUCCCGUGGACAAUAAGCCUGAGCCAGUUCAGCGUGUACACACUGCUGGGUCAGCAGCGGAGCCUGAGCCUGCUGGAGCCCAUGGGCUGCACGUCAACGCUGGCCGUCACAUCCCAUAAGCUGCAGAGCGGUUCUGAAGGCAGGCACUCGUUUGUAGUGUGCCUCCACGUCGAUCUGCAGCCUGUCCACAUUAAGUGCUCCAACCCUCAGGUGCAGCUGCUUUACGAACUCCUUCUUAGCUGGAGUUCUACCUGGGCACGUCUCCAGAGGCACGGCAUCUUGCGUCAGACCUCCGCCGUCCCAGAACCUCCCGCUGGUGCCGCUCCGUCCUCCCCAGUGCGCAGCAGCGCUGGCACCGCCCUGCCAGACACCAGCACCUGCAGCCCCUCUGCAGAUUUCGGCUCCCCCACAGAGGGUGACUCCGUGCCGGCCGCAGACGACGGUCCAUUUGCUGACACGGUAACGUUAGAACAGAAAACCAACAGCAUUGGAGGCACCAGCGGGAAGAUCAGCCUUUGGAUGCAGUGGAUGUUACCCAAGGUCACUGUUAAACUGUAUGCUCCUGACCCAGCAGCUAAACCCACAGAGAUCUGUGUCAUCACUGAGCUGGAAGACCUAAGUGCCUCCGUAGAUGUCCAGGAUGUUUAUACAAAAAUCAAGUGCAAAGUUGGUAGCUUCAACAUCAACCACUACAAAUGCAGUAUGGAGGAGGGUCUUCGGAGCUCGGGCUGCUGUGGAGGAGUGCUUCUCUCUUGCACUGACAAGCUGAACAGACGCACUGUGCUGGUUCGCCCCGUCAGCAAGCAAGACACUUUCAGCCACUUCUCUGGCUUUUUCCCUCCUACAGCAGCUAAGGUCCUGGAGGGCUCCCACCAGCAGCACGGCUUUCUGUCCAUCACCUACACUCAGGCUGUCACCAAGAACGUCCGUCACAAGCUCACCACUCGGCCUGAGCGGCCGGCACGCGGCGGCGCCUCCGUCGCAGGCCAGCGCGUGGCUGCUGAUCCCCUGGCAGACAGCUCCCCUCAGUACCUGAGGGAAAUCCUGCUGACGGCUCAGCCCUUCGAUGUGGUGCUGUCCUGCCCCUUGCUGGCCACAGUAGCAGGGAUUUUCCAGGUACAGGCUAAGGUGCCGCGGCGAUACAGAGAGCGUGGGAAGUCAUCGGGUCAACCAAUGAGGAGUCACAUGCUGACUUCACGCUGUCUGCCUCUUAUCUACAUCAACACCAGUGUGAUCAGAGUCUUCUGUCCUGGAGCACAUGACAAGCAGGCAGCAUCAGACGCCCAUGUGAAGCAGGAGGACACUCUGGUUUUAAAGAUGGGCUCCCUCAGCAUGGCUCCUCAGGCUGAUAACCCCCUCACCCGCACUGUGCUCAGAAAGGACAUCUACCAGCGUGCUCUCAACCUCGGCAUCCUGCGUGACCCAGGAUCAGAGGUGGAGGACCGUCAGUACCAGGUCGACCUCCAGUACAUCACCAUAGGAACCACUCACUGGGAGCAACUCAAGCCGGAGAAGGAGGGAGUCAAAGGAAGCAUCUCGGCGGAGAGUGAGAGGAGCUCCCAGAACCCGGCCUUGGAGUGGAACAUGGCCAGCAGUAUGAGGAGGCACCAGGAGCGCCGCGCCAUUCUCACGCCGAUCCUCACCGACUUCUCUGUUCGCGUGACGGCAGCCCCGGCCAUCAUCUUCAGCAAGAGCGUGUCUCCUGACAGUGGACAGACCGAGGAGGUGGUGGUGUGCGGCCACUCCCUGGAGGUGAACGUGACCAGCAGUCUGGAUUUCUACCUCAGCGUGGCCCAGGUGCAGCUCCUCCAGCAGCUUGUUCGAGACAACGUGAUGGGGAUGGAUGCCCCUGAAGAAGCCGCUGAGGUGCGUCGCCGGGAGCAGAGGUGCGGCGAGCGGGAGCCCGGGGCGGGCGUGGACUCCAUGUCUCACCACAGCGGGACGGGGCAGGACAGCGGCUUCGGCAGCGACAGCGCUCGCAUCCGCAUCGUGCAGAUUGAGCAGCAGUGUGGAACCAGCCACCACUGCAUCGCGCGGCCCUCCCACAAGUCAACCAUCACCAAGAACCUUAAUUUCAUUCCUUUUGACGUCUUCCUCACGGCUAAUAGGCUGUCGGUCAUGACCUAUGCCUGCUCUAGUCCCCCAAAAGCUCUUCCUCCGUCACCCAGCACUCUGGACAAGAAGGAACCUGGGAAUAAGGUAGGAAAGAGUGCCCUGAACCAGCCUGAGACUCUGUCCGAGUCUCCACCAGCGCCAGCCUCCCCGGCUCCAGACGCUGCUGUAGCUGCCGAGAGUCCCCUCGCCGGCCUGACGGCCGAGGACAUCCUCAACAGCAACACAUCCCAGCCAGCCUCGCCCCUACUGAGAGGCAGCCUGCUGGCCCUGGACAGCAUGCCCACUCCCAGUCGCUCCUCCGCUCGCCAGGCGCUGGGUGUGACCAUACUGAGGCAGCCUGGGAGGAGAGGGGCUGGAGACCAAGUGCUGGAACCGCUGCUAUACCUCCAAGUAAUGCAGCCUUCCGCUCUGCUCAGCUGCCACCACCGCAAGCAGAGGAUGGAGCUGUCUCUGUUCGACAUGCUGCUCAGAGGCGUGGCUUCGGACUACAAGUGCCUAGACCCAGGAAAGACUCUACCAGAGUCCCUGGAUUACAACGUGUUUUGGCUGCAGACAGUAGCUGGAGAAGUGGACAGUCAAACGGGCAUCCCUCCCCCUCUGCUCUGUCUCCAGAUCAAAGAUUUUCUCAAUGGACCAGCUGAGCUCAACAUCGAGUUAUCGCGUCCCCUAAAAAUCAAUCCCACGCUGGCAAAGCUGGAGCAAGCAAAAUCGUACCUGAAGAAAGUUCUGCCCCACUACACUUGGUGUACCUCGAGCAAACCGACCUCCGCUUCCUCCACCCCUCAUUCCUCCCCAUCAAAGGCGGUGCCGAGGCCCUUCCCGCCUCGCUCGGACCACCACCAUCAGGUCUCAGCUGUGGGCAGAUCCACCGGCUACAAGUCCAUGGCGCUGACCUUCCAUAAGGUGUCGCUCCACACUGCCCAGAUUGUGGUAGUCAUGGAGACGGAGGCUCAUCCAUUAAGGCCCAGUGUGACAGUGUCUGUGUCAGACAUGACAGGAAGCCUAAGUAUGAAGUCGGGGCCUAGAAUAGAAGAUCCAGUUCAAGCUGCCUCUGUCCUGUUGGAGCUGCAGGAUUUGGUGAUGAGAACAGGGCUGAAGGAUCGAAGCCGCCUCUUGCUGGGGCCGUUCUCCUGCGGCACCUCCCUGGAGGCUCGCUGGUCCCGGCACAGCGGCAGCCCCGGACCUGAGCCUGGCCUCCCUAAGCUACUGCUGGACCUAAAGGGGGGACUGCUGCAGGUCUUUUGGGGCCAGGAACACCUGAACUGUCUAAAUCUGGUCCAGGAGCACCUACAAGCGUACUUCCAUCGCCAAACAGAGGACGUGGCUAAUGCUUGUUCCAAGGCCAAGCCCUUCCACGCUCAGCCACCACCCUCCCCAAUCACUCCCCAGACAGAGCACAGCUCUGAUGACCUGCGCACUGGGCAUUUUCAGUACAUCCACGACUCAGCAUCGCGUAAAAUGCCGGGACCUCAUGAGGUGGUGUUCUACAGUGAGACCGAGGACAGUCCAGGGGUCAUGUUGUGGAGAUACCCUGAGCCCCGCGUGCUGACCUUCGUCAGGAUCACCCCUGUGCCUUUCAACACCACAGAGGACCCUGAGAUCAGCACGGCUGACCUGGGGGACGUCCUGCAGGUACCAUGCAGCCUGGAGUACUGGGAUGAGCUCCAGCAGGCCUUCGUUCUGUACCAGGAGUUCAGCCUCUCAGAGAGCAGUGCUUGUCAGCUGCAGCUACCCAGCCUCAGCCUCACUGACCAACAGAAGGAGCUCGUGGCCUCGGACCUGUGGAGGAUAGUGCUCAACACUAAUGCGGAGGGAGGCGAUGAGCAGAGUUCGGACAGCGACUGCGGCUCUCAGCUGCCCUGUGACCAGCUGGUGUCUCCCGUGGCGUUGGCAGCAUGCACCCGUGUGGACUCCUGCUUUGCACCCUGGUUCGUGCCGUCUCUGGGGGUAUCCCUGCAGCUGGCACAGCUGGAGGUUCACCUCUGUCACCAUCUAGAGCAGCUGGGUACAGCUCCACUGCGACAACUGCGUCCCUUCCUGCCAGACAGGAAGUUACCUCAAGAGCAGGAGUUCAUGGUGAUGGGUGCAAAGGAGCCCAAGGUUUUCAUGCGUCAGUGGAACAACGGCUCCCAUCAGUGUCAGGAAUUCAACUUUUCCACCCAGCUGCACUGCAGGUUGCUGGAAUACCGGAAUUUGACACACCUUCAGCUCCUCCAACCCUGCGUGCUGCAGGGCCAGGCAGCAGCUUCCUGCACCCCUCACGUCACGACUUUGGAUGUGAAUGUGUUCGUGGACCCAGUGUUCCUUAACAUCAGCCAGUAUGCUAUCCAUACAGUGGACACUGCACUGCACAGCUGGCAACAGAAUGGGACCCCAGAGGCAGAGGAGAUGGUUUACAGUCACUACGUGAUAUGCAACGACACCCACGAGACCCUGCGCUUUGGCCAGGUGGACACGGAUGAGAACGUGCUGCUGGCCAGCCUCCAUAGCCACCAGUACAGCUGGAGGUCACACAAGUCUCCUCAGCUGCUGCACAUCUGCAUCGAGGGAUGGGGGAACUGGCGCUGGUCAGAGGCCUUCAGCGUCAACAACGUGGGGACUAUUCUAAGGACCAUUCAGUACAAAGGACGCACCGCCUCCCUCAUCAUCAAGGUUCUGCAGCUCAGUGGGGUCCAGAAACAGGUAAUAAUCUGCGGGCGGCAGGUGAUGUGCAGUUAUUUGACCCAGGACAUUGAGCUUCGGGUGGUGCAGCACUACGUGGGGCCUGACAAUCAGACGGUGGUGAGGGAGCACUGCGAGUGCCUGGAGGCCGGGGCCAAGCUGCCGUCCUACGUCCUGGAGGACGCAGAGAUGACGGAGCUGUGUGUCAGGGCGCGAGGGGACGAAGACUGGUCUCAGGACGUCCAGCUGGAGAGGAGGGACAAGGGAAACAGCAGCUCCGUUGUGCAGGUGCCCUGUUCCAGUGGUUCACUACUCUAUGUGUGGUGCACUCUCAUCACUAUCGAACCUGACUCUCACAUGCAACAGAGAGUAGUGGUUUUCAGUCCACUGUUUGUGAUGAGGAGCCACUUGCCAGAUCCUGUACUGGUUCAUGUAGAGAAGAGGAGUCUGGGACUGAGAGAGAGCCAGCUGGUACCUGGACAGGGCCUGGAGGAGCCCCUGUUAAACACUGAGGCGGGCCUCACUCACCAUCUCACCUUCCAGGCCAGGGACGAUGAAGAAGCUUCCCACUGUGCUGUGCCAAUCUCUACCACCCUAAUCAAACAGAUACUCAACAAGACUGGGAACCAGGACAACCUGGAGCACGUCUUGGCUGAUUUCUAUGGACCGAAGACGUCGGCGGAAACACCGUGGCCGUACGUCACGAAGGAGAAGGACAGGGCUGCCUUAGAGCCCGUUGCCCAGUGGGACAGCCCCAUGCAGGUGAAACUAUCCUGCUGGAAGUCCGGCCUGAACACGCUGCUGGUGGAGCUGCUGCCCUGGGCCCUGCUCACCAACCACUCCCAGUGGGACCUCUGGCUUUUUGAGGGGGAGACCAUCGUGCUCCAAAUACCAGCCGGCAAGGUCAUAGUACCGCCCAACUUCAAGGAAGCCUUCCAAAUAGGCAUCUACUGGGCCCACACUAACACUGUGCACAAGUCUGCGGCACUGAAACUGGUCCACGACCUGACGUCUCCCAGAUGGAAGGAGGGCUCGAGCUCAGACGUGGUCACUCUGGACGAGGAGGGAUAUGUGGAAGCUGACAUCACACUGGGAGCCUUCCCUGGAAAACAGAAGCUGUGUCAAUUCUGCGUUUCGUCUGUGGUGAGACAUGGCAUCCAGAUUCUACAGAUAGAAGACAGAACGGUUCUGGUCAACAACACUGAUUACGCGAUACAGUACAGGCCCCUGCUGACGGACAACUCCCUGACGACCGACGAGCAGCUGCUCUGUGAGAUCCCAGAGACAGCAGUGCUGAGCCUGGCUCCCUGUGAAGACUCAUCCCUGGACAAGCAGUGCUCGGUGCCAUACUGGGACUGCGUCCAAACCAGUAACCCAGAAAAGGUGGAGUUCCCGCUGCCUGUCAGACACAUGCUCUUCAGCUUUGGGUCUGCAGAGUGGAGCCUCCCUGCCCCCGUCCGCCUCGACUUCCCCAGGCAGAGUUUGUCUGUUCCUGGGGCGCCGGACUCUGGCGGUGGCCUGAGCAGCAGAGCCAUAGUACUCACACACCAGGAGCACCUUGGGGUGACAUACAUCACUCUGAAUGAGGACCCGUGUCCUCGUAUGCUGAUCCACAAUAAGUGUCCGAUCCCACUGCUGCUGAAAGAAAAUGUCAAAGAAACUCCAAGGACUGAGGUGUACUGUCGUCCUCUGGCUGCUAACUGCUCUGUGCACCACGAGCUCUACCACCACUUCUCCACUUUCCCUGAGUGCAGGCAGAAAGAGAUGCUGCCCACACUGCUGCUGAAAACCACAUCGGACCACAGCCCCACCGCCUGGACCGACCCCAUCGAUAUCAACUGUCCAGGAACUCAGGUGGUGUUCCUGCCUGGGUUCGGCUGCCUCUACAUAGACGUGGCAUAUGAGAGAGGCACCCUGGUUCUGUGUCUGGCACCAGAGGGCAGUGUGGACGCUGUAAUCAACCAGCACUGCAGGUCUUCCAAGUUGUCCUUCAGAGUUCUGCUUAAUGAAGCCAGUGUGGCGCUGAGUGAUGACAUCACCAGUCCAUCCAGGUCCGUCGAGCUGCUGAGACUGACCCUGACCAAGCUGCUGCUCAGCCUGUCUCCGGCAGCGACCCUCCUCCCCCCAGAGCUGGCACUGGACCCUUGCACGGAGGCAGCACCCGUCUUCGCUCUGAUGCCCCGCGGCUCCGUCGUGGAGGUCUACUGCUCCAGUCUGCAGGUAGACAACCAGCUUCACAGCCAAGCAAGUUUCCACUUCCCCGUGCUGCUGUGCCAGGACCACAGAGGUGGCGCUGACCCCAAGGUGCAGUGGAGCAGCGACGCCAACCCCACACAGUCUCCUGAAACCCUGGAGGAGUUCAAACGCUCCUGUUUCCUGCAGCUGCGAAUGACGCUGGCUGAGGACGGAUGCACUGUGGAGGAGGUUACCUUCCAGCUGCAGCCUGCCAGGGUCUACCUUGAAGACACCUUCGUGUACUACAUUAAGACCCUGUUCAACACCUACAUCCCCAACAGUGCUAUGGUCCCAGCGGUAGCAGAGAAAGGAGGCGCACUGGGAUCCGUGCACAUCCUCCCUGAACAGGUGCGGCAGUCGGUGCAGGCGUUGGUCCAUCCUGUGCGCCUGCAGCAGCUAAGCAUUCACCCGAUCAACCUGCUCGUCAGCAUCCACGCCUCCCUGAAGCUCUACAUCGCAUCGGACCACACUCCCCUGUCUUUCUCGGAGUUCGAGAGAGGCCCGCUCUGCACCACCGCCAGGCAGCUGGUCCACGCCCUGGCCAUGCACUAUGCUGCCGGAGCUCUGUUUAGAGCCGGCUGGGUGGUGGGGUCUUUGGAGAUCCUGGGCAGUCCUGCCAGCCUGGUGCGGAGCAUCGGUAACGGCGUGUCCGACUUCUUCCGCCUGCCGUAUGAGGGUCUGACGCGUGGACCCGGGGCCUUCGUCAGCGGAGUGUCCAGAGGGACCAGCUCCUUCGUCAAACAUAUAUCCAAAGGCACGCUGACAUCCAUCACCAACUUAGCAACCAGCCUGGCCAGAAACAUGGACCGCUUGUCUCUGGAUGAGGAACACUACACGAGGCAGGAGGAGUGGAGGCGACAGCUCCCCGAGAGCCUGGGGGACGGCCUGCGGCAGGGCCUGUCCCGGCUCGGCAUCAGUUUGCUGGGAGCCAUCGCCGGCAUCGUGGACCAGCCCAUGCAGAACUUCCAGAGGCACUGGGACCUGCAGAGCUCGGCCGGCAGCAAGGCCCGAGGGGUGAUCUCCGGCGUGGGGAAGGGCAUCGUGGGGGUGUUCACCAAGCCCAUUGGAGGAGCGGCAGAGUUGGUGUCGCAGACUGGAUACGGGAUCCUCCAUGGAGCAGGACUGUGGCAGUUUCCUAAGCAGCUCUAUCUGCCCGCAGUGAAAACGUCGGCUCAGGCCCCAAACAGCCACCUUAAAUAUGUCUGGAAGAUGCUCCAGGCUCUGGGACGACCAGAGCUGCACAUGUCCCUGGAGGUGACCAUCGUGAGUGGGUCAGGCCAGGAGCAUGCCGGCUGUCUGCUGCUCACCUCCGAGGUGCUGUUUGUGGUCAGCCUCAGUGAGGACACGCAGCAGCAGGCCUUCCCCAUCACGGAGGUGGAGUGUAUAGAGGCGCCAGGACAGCCGGCCCAGCUCACGCUGACCCUGCAUCAGCAGACGGUGGCCAGAGAGGCAGAGGGAGACUGUGUUCGCGAGCGUCUGUCGGAGCAGCAGUAUCGUCGGCUGGUAGAUUACGUGACCAGAGCCUGCCAGUUUCUGUCCCCUUCCGCCACCUCGCUCCAGUUGCAGCCACCAGUGACUGUGGCCGAGCCACCGCCCUCUGCCACCAAGUCUUACCGCUACCUGGUGGAUGCUGCCUUUGCCAAGGUUUUCAUCAGCAAGUUCACCAUGGUGAAGAAUAAGGCCAUGCGGAUCGGAUUCCACUGACAUGUCUCUGUGCCUCGCUGAAUAGAUGGCUGUUGAGGUCAAUCAACAGGUCAUCGAUGCCUUAGGAGUAGAACAAGUCCUAAAGUCAUUACACAGUCACAGAAAAAACACUUUUACUCUAAUACAUACAGUGAGCAUAUUCUGUAGUGAAAACAACACAUUAGCGCCUGUUCAGAGUCACGCAGCCCUUGUUUGUUUCUAUGGAAACACAAUGAACCUGAAUCACUCCAGUGAGUAUGUGUUUACAGUCUCCCUAUAGUGACCACAUCCUCUGCCAAUGUCAAGUGCAAUACACACAAAGCAAAAUGUUUUUAUAGAUGAUGUAACAUUAUUAACAUUUCACACCUCGUUCUCUGUGAUGCCAACUUCUCAUGAUGCAACAUGUUAUUAUUGCACCACUGUGCUCUUUGUAAAGUCUGUUGCCUUUAAUAUAUGUAAAUGGAAAAUAUUACGAGAAGUCUUUUAUUAAAAGUUCUAUGCAGCGUC